UAAUUGGAGCUGGUAUCGCCGGUAUAUCUGCUGCACACCAUCUAGUUAAAAGUGGUGAAACAGACUUUAAAAUAUUAGAAGCUAGAAAUCGAAUAGGUGGUCGUAUAAUUUCUAUUCCUAUGGGAUCUGAUUGUGUAGAUCUUGGUGCCAGUUGGAUUCAUGGAGUUCUUGGUAAUCCUGUGUAUGAAUUGGCUGUUGCAAAUGGUUUGAUCAAUCUAACAAGUGAUCAAAAUCCACAUACUAUUGUUGCUACUACAGAAGAUGGAAAAAGAGUUCCAAUUUCAAUAGUUGAAGAAGUAUAUAGUGCAUAUUUUUGGUUCAGUAAAAGAUGUGAAGAAUAUUUUUUAUUACAUUUGCAUACUCCUCCUCAUAUUGACAGUGUUGGCAAACAUUUAGAAAUGGACAUUGCUGCAUAUUUACAGCAGUAUCAUGGUGAUGAUGCAAGCAUGCGUAGGAUGGUCUUUGACCAUCUUCUUAACCGUGAAACAUGCAUCACUGGUUGUAAUUCAAUGCAUGACACAGGACUUAGUGAUUUUGGUAGCUAUACUGAAUUACCUGGUGGCAAUAUUAGUGUUCCAGGAGGCUUUCAUUUAGUUAUAAAAUUUCUUUCAGACAUUUUACCAAAGGAUAGCAUUAGAUUGCAAUCUGAGGUAAAGCAUAUUCAUUGGAAAAUGAAGCAAGUUUCAUCAGGUGAGGUUAAUGAAGGACAGUGCUCAAAUAAAGAGAACUCUACUCAUCAUGUAGUUAUAGAAUGUGAAGAUGGCUCAAAAUGGUUUACAAAUCAUGUAAUAAUUACCUUUCCUUUAGGUGUGUUAAAAGCAAAAGCUGAAGAAAUCUUUGAUCCCAAAUUACCAGACUAUAAAAUGGAGUGCAUAGAAAAAUUGAGCUUUGGAGUAGUGAAUAAAAUAUAUUUAGAGUAUGAUAGGCCUUUUUUAAAUUCUGAAAUUUCUGAAGUUAUUACAUUAUGGAAAAGGACAGAAGAAAGUGACAUGAGUAAAAUUUGGUUUAGGAAAAUAUAUUCUUUUAGUCGAUAUACUGAAAAUGUACUUCUUGCUUGGGUAUCUGGCAAUGAAGCUGAAUAUGUAGAAACACUGUCUGAAGAACAAGUUGCAAAUACUUGUACUGACAUACUAAGAAAAUUUCUUAAUGAUCCAUAUAUACCAAGGCCUUGUAGAGUAGCAUGUACAUCGUGGAAGAGUAAUCCAUUUAGCAGGGGUUCCUACACUUACAUAGGUCUCAAGAGUUCACAGAGAGAUAUUGAAUUACUUGCUACUCCUAUAUACAAUGAUCCAUACCACAAUAAGUUGUAGAAAAUUCAAAAAGCGGGAAACUGAAGUAUUUUGCUUUGCUUUCGUCCUUGUCUUUGCUGUUUUCAAGUGUGAGUUGAAUUGCUGAAUGCCUAAGGAUGGGCCUGGUACAAACAUUUUUGUAUUUUACUUUUUU